ACUCCCUCGGCCUGAGCUUACGGCACCUGGCGCCUGCUCCUCUUCCAGGGACACCUGCCCCACGUCUUGGCAAGGAAGCGGACAGGAUCGGCCUCUACCGAGGAAGAGACCUCAUUCCCUCCCUAGUUCCUCGUCGGUCCCGUCACCUGACCAGGUGUUCCUGGGAGAGCAGGAAGAAGGCACCCCAGGCCUCCAUGUCUACAGCGAGAAGAGAAAAUCCUGCUCCCGGGGGAGCCCCAACCUUCACGCCGCGGCCUCCCGCGCGAAGUGCCUGGCCAGCCCUGAGUGGAAUAAGCCCAAGGGAGACUCUAGCCUCUCUAACCUCAAAUCUGUGCUUGGGCAGGAGCCCCCUGGGCAGCCUAAGAAGAAGGUGUCCAAACAGAAGGUGCGUGGACAGAGAGAGGACGGGGAGCCCACACUAAAGAAGUCGAGAGACCCAGUGCUCAGCCUGGGCCAGUCCCCCGCGGCCACAGCGCCGGUCCAGGCGGCCGGUCUGGACAGGUCCGAGGUGGGCCAGCCCCGUGAGAGCGAGAAGGUGAAGCAGGCUGACGUCCUCAUAGCCCAUCUGGCCAGGGAGGUGCGCCGCCUCAGGAGGUGGAAGAAGAGGCAUUUGCUCGCUGCUGUCGGGGAACCAUCGUCCCUGGAGAGCCUCCAGAAGCCGCCGUGCCUGAAGAAGCUGGUCAGAAUUCUGAAGGCAGAGACCAAGGGCUGGGCUUUCCCCAGGCAUUCCCCCCGCCGCCUGGACACCGCGGGGCAGAAGCCAGUGUCCGACAUCAGACGGUUGUUUACUGCUGACUGCAAGAAUGUCUGCCACAUCACCUGCCCUCGCUGUCAUGCUAACGUCCCACAGGGCAGAUGGAAGGGCCAUUUCCAGACCUCAGGCCUGCUCCGUCACUUGGUGGGUAAGCACGGGCUGGAGAGCGCGAGGAGGCCAGCCACAGCCAGCCCAGAGGAGAAAGGGGAAGGGACCAAGGAGAAGAAGCACAAGGGCCUGCCCGCCAGUGCCAAAGAGCUCCCGUCAGCAGGACACGGCCCCGGUGCCUCCACUUCAGGAGACAGUGGCCAGCAGCUGGCCCCGGGCAGGCCUGAGCCACUGUUCCUGGCUCCACCCCUCUUGCCUGCUUCCACCAAAGAUGAACCUGCUGCUCUCCCGCUAGCUGUCACGGAGGGCCAGGGAGGCCCCUGCACCCCCAGCCUGCCCCGAGCCCAGGCCUGGAACCAUAGCAUUGCAGAGCUGCUCAGUAGCCUGGCCUUGCCGCUCUCCUUUGUUUCGUCCCCGCCUUUCAGAAGGUUUAUGGCCCAGGCAGACCCUUGCUACCACGUGCCGCCUCCAGCCUUCUUCUCCAAUACCGCGCUGCCUCUGCUGCAGGCGGCCGUGGGCGAGCAGGUGUGUCGGGAGAUGCGGCGGGCGGAGGGCGGCUGCGUCCACCUCACGGUGUCCGCGGCGGCCGGGGACUCGGCUGUGGACUACGUGGCCGUCACUGCCCACUGGGGGGCAAUACGUCCGGGCAGUCGGCAGGGGGCGUCGGAGAGCCCCAGGAAGCAAGCUGUGCUCUGGGUUCGAGGCCUGUCCCAGGAGAGCACCGCGGAGGAGAGGCAGCGGGAGCUGCGGGAGCAGGUCAGCCUGUGGCUCAGCCGCACCUCCCUGCAGCCGGGCUUCCUGGUAUCAGGCAGCUGCCUCAGCCUGGAGCAGGCCGUGAGGACGGAGGGCUACACCCACCUCCCCUGCUUUGCCCACUGCCUCGACUCCCUGGUGACAAACUUCCUGUGUCACCAUCAAAGCGUCCAGAUCAUCCUGGGGACGGUCAGGGCCAUCUGCAGUCACUUCCAAGGCUCUGCCAGGGCCCGGCAGCUGCUCACACAGCUGCAGCGGCGGUGCGGCCUCCCGGCCCAGCAGCCCUUUUGGGAGCUCUCAGACCACUGGGUGUCCGCCUUCCGCCUGAUGGAGUGGCUGGUGGGGCAGCAGCGGCCGCUGCGGGAGUACGAGGAGGAGCACCAGCUGGGCAAGGCCGGCUCAGCCCUGUCGGCCGUGUUCUGGAGCCUGACGGACAGUCUCGUCACGCUUCUACGGCCCUUCCAGGUGGCAGUGCGGGAGGCGAGCGCGGCUCGGGCUUCUCUGAGCCAGGUGCUGCCGCAGCUCCGCUUCCUGCACAUCUUCAUGGAGCAGGUGCCCCAGCACUUCGGGGAGCAGGGCGGCGUGGAAGUGGGGGCCGCCGUGCGGCUGGCCAAGGGCCUGGCCCUGCAGCUCACCACAGACCAGCAGCUCAACGAGCUCUUCCACCGCAAGGAGUUCGUGCUGGCAACCCUGCUCGACCCCCGCUUCAAGGGCCGGAUCGAGGCCAUCCUGCCCACAGGGGCCGACAUUGACCACUGGAAGCAAGUUCUCGUGUACAAGGUGAAGGAGAUUAUGGUGUCUGAACACCCCUUGCCUCCCUCGCCCUCCCCGCACGGCCCCCAGACCACGCAUGCAGGCACUACCCUGAGCGGUGGGGGAGCCAGAAGCCUUGGGGCCGAGGAGAAGGCCCAGAAAGAGCCCGCGCGGAGGAGCGGCUCUGGGUCUCUGCUGCUGGGCUGGAGGGAGAGGAGCUUGCUGGAGCAGCUGGAGAGUGUGGGGCUGCUGGCGUCCGAGAGAAGCGGUGCCUCCCUUGCCACCGAGAGCCACCUGGCCAGCAUCAUCGUCAAGAAGUACCUGCGUGAGAAUGAGACGGUCGGCGCCCAGGAGGACCCGCUGGUCUACUGGGAGAAGAGGCAGGAGGUCUGGCCGGCCCUGGCAAGACUGGCGACUGUCUAUCUGUCCUGUCCCCCAACAGGGGCCUUCUCUGGAAGGGUCUGUGCCUCCCUGGGCAGCCCUGCUCUGGCGCAGCACAGCACCCCUCUCCCCGUGGGCACCACCGAGCGUCUCCUCUUCCUGAAGACCAACCUGGAGAAUUUCCCCAACUACACCGCCCCUCCCCUCCCCUUCCCUCAGGAAGACCUGGCCGAGGGGGAAGAGGCCCGCGAGGCCGACCUCUGCCUGACUGACUGAAAGUCUGCCUGCGGGAGAGCUCUGCCCGGGCUCGGAGGGGAGAGCAGACCCGGCACUCCAGGCUGUUCGACGGGGGUGUCUGGAGUCCUAAAGCUGCUGGAAGGAGUGGGGACAGUCUGUCAGUUCCUGACAGGUUGCCUUUUGCCUCCAGGGAGAUGUUUUCCGUCCAGCCGUCGCUUAAUUUGUUUCCAGCAGUUUGGGCGUGGAAGAGGUCGCUUCUGUCAGGAGGCAUCUGUAAAUCGUCCUGUGCUCUAAGCCUCAGUGCGCUUUGCCAUGUGUGUGGGCAGUGAGGGCCCGUGCAGCUUGUCUCUGUAUGUGACAUGCCCUUAAGGGCCCUGCCUUCUCAAACAGUGACCAGGGACGAGAAGAGGCCUCGGGCUGGCAGGUGGGAAAUCUCAGCCAGCGAGGCCCAGUAAGCUAGGCAGCCUUUUCCGCAGUUGGCUUUCGCUGUAAAAGAAGCGUGCGCUAGAGCAGCCGUGUUAAGAGGGAGGCUAUGCACACACGCACACACCAGACGUAUUGGGGUCGGUACUUCCUCGUGGAUCCCAGAGUGGCCAGAGCACCCCUGCCGAUGGGACUGUCCAGCCAGGAGAGCUGAGAGAACCGUGGUUGGUUUCCAGACUGCUGGAGGCCCUGGGGUUUCUUCCUUUCUACAGUGAAAGCGGUCUCGGGAAGAGCUCCAUGGCUGUCCGGUCUCUCUGUAGCUUCGUUUAUGCCCCCCGCC